AUGGCUAGGAUUUGGGAUAGAACCCCUGUUUACCUGGUAGGACUCUCUCUGGCAGGUGCGGGCGGUGUUCUUUUUGUUAUUGGUUUCGCCACACCCAACUGGUCAGUGUUUAGCUACAACAACGGAGAAGGUUUGGUCGAGAGUGGGCAAGGUCUCUGGCAGGCGUGCUACACUGACUACAGUACCACGGGCGUCACCGAUUGUAGCGCCAUUUAUCCCUUUGGUGUUACCAGCUCAAGUGUUGUCCAUCAUGUUGCCCAAGCUCUCGAGAGCAUCACGUUGUUGACGUUUCUUAUAUUUGGAAUUUUCGUCUUUCGCCACAACUUCACCGACGUUACCAGGUCAAAGGUCGUUUGUUUUAAUAAACUGAUCUCAUCGCUCGGAAUCAUUGGUGGUAUCCUUGGAAUUCUCGGCGCGGUGGUCUACAAGGCCUUUCCCAAGGUACCCGCGUCUUGGAGUUGGGGUCUAGUUCUUGCUGGAUGUGACUUGGUAAUCACUGGAAACGUCAUGAUGGCGUGCACCGCCUCCAAGGAGUAUUCAAGAUCCGUCGCUAACAAAGGCGUGAUUUACCAAACUUCCAAGACUUGGUAUCCACUCGAAGCCAAUCAGCUGCCAGUGUUGGUCGUGCCAACCACCAAUCACUGGAGUCAACAGGGUCAGUUGACCAAGUUUCCGGAAGUUUCUAAAAAAUCCGAAAUUUUUGUCCCGUAUUCAGAACUCCGAAACUGAUGCCAAAUAUCCAGAAAUGAUGCUAAAUAACCCGAAUUUGUUUUCAAAUUCAUUGUAAUUUUUUAAAAGU